UGUGCAGUCUCUGCUGCUGUGACCUGCUGCAGUUUAGUCAACGAAAUGUUCUAGCUGGUUCAAACUCGAAAAAAUGAUAUUUUUAAGGGGCAUUCUAGACAUAAAUGUCUUCGAGCAGGCGGCGCACAGCGUGACCUAACAAAGAUUCCUGGAGUAGUUUGAGAUCCUUGAGAGAUUCUUAGGGCAGCAUGGCUCCCAAAGACAUCAUGACCAACUCCCAUGCCAAAUCCAUCCUCAAUGCCAUGAACUCACUUCGUAAGAGCAACAUUCUCUGUGAUAUCACUCUGAGGGUGGAGAACACAGAUUUUCCCGCUCACCGGAUUGUAUUGGCUGCCUGCAGUGACUACUUCUGUGCUAUGUUCACCAGUGAGCUUGCAGAGAAGGGGAAAUCUUUUGUGGACAUUCAGGGACUCACUGCAUCGACUAUGGAUAUCUUGUUGGACUUCGUGUACACAGAGACUGUGCUAGUCACAGUGGAGAACGUACAAGAACUGCUCCCUGCAGCGUGCUUACUGCAGCUCAAAGGGGUGAAAAGAGCGUGCUGUGACUUUUUGGAGAGUCAGCUUGAUCCCACCAACUGCCUGGGUAUUCGUGACUUUGCCGAAACUCACAAUUGCCUCGACCUGAUGCAGGCGGCCGAGCUCUUUUCCAAGAAGCAUUUCUCUGAGGUGGUUCAGCACGAGGAGUACAUGCUGCUCAGCCAGACCGAAGUCGAAAAGCUCACAAAAUGUGAUGAAAUCCAGGUGGACUCGGAGGAGCCGGUCUUCGAAGCCGUGUUAAACUGGGUCAAACACAACCGAAAAGAGCGAGAGCCCUACCUGCCAGACUUGCUCCAGUAUGUUCGAAUGCCGCUCCUGACCCCCCGCUACAUUACAGAUAUCAUUGAUGCCGAGCCCCUCAUUCGGUGUAGCCUGCCAUGUCGAGACCUUGUUGAUGAAGCCAAAAAAUUCCACUUAAGACCGGAGCUGAGGAGUGAGAUGCAGGGCCCACGCACACAAACUAGAUUAGGUAGGAAUCCUUUUUUAGUGGCAAUUUGUCUAUACGCUUGUUUCCUAUGUAACUGCUCUGUAAUUAACACUGAUAGUAAGCGUGAUUCACGGGUCCUUUCAGGUGCCAAAGAAGUCCUGUUGGUUAUCGGCGGGUUUGGCAGCCAGCAAUCGCCAAUAGACAUAGUCGAGAAAUAUGAUCCCAAAACACAAGAAUGGAGCUCCCUUCCUAACAUUGCACGGAAAAGGCGUUAUGUCGCCACGGUGUCCCUCCACGACCGGGUGUACGUGAUCGGAGGCUACGAUGGCCGGUCGAGGCUCAGCUCCGUGGAGUGCCUGGACUACACGGCGGACGAGGACGGCGUUUGGUACACCGUCGCCACCAUGAAUGUGCGGCGUGGCCUCGCUGGAGCCACGACCCUCGGAGACAUGAUCUAUGUUGCCGGCGGCUUCGAUGGCAGCCGGCGUCACACCAGCAUGGAGCGAUACGACCCAAACAUUGACCAGUGGAGCAUGCUGGGAGAUAUGCAGACCGCUAGAGAAGGAGCUGGUCUAGUGGUGGCGAGUGGACUUAUAUAUUGUCUAGGUGGAUAUGACGGACUAAAUAUCCUGAAUUCAGUGGAGCGGUAUGACCCGCACACGGGCCACUGGACGAGUGUUACACCUAUGGCCACCAGGCGGUCAGGCGCCGGUGUGGCUUUACUCAACGACCACAUCUACGUCGUGGGAGGCUUUGAUGGCGUUUCACACCUGGACUCCGUCGAGGUCUACAACAUCAGAACAGACUAUUGGACCACUGUAGCCAGUAUGACGACGCCUCGAUGUUACGUCGGUGCAACGGUCCUCAGAGGACGUCUCUACGCCAUCGCCGGGUACGAUGGGAACUCUCUCCUCAGCAGCAUUGAAUGUUACGACCCGGUCAUCGAUUCCUGGGAGGUCGUCACUUCGAUGGCGACGCAGCGGUGCGACGCAGGCGUCUGCGUGCUUCGAGAAAAGUGAUCGUCGCCAAGAACCACAAGAGGAAAAGCAGACGGGAGGACGGGCAGCUAGACUUUGCUAAAAUAACCACUAAAACGGAGCCAAACAAAGGGAGACGAACAAGUAUGCAAACGGUCACUCCUCAAGGAAAGAAUGGGCGCAGCAGUUUCGGCUGCCUUAUCUGAUGGAUGGUCAACCCUUCGACAGUCGGACUGUGCAACAGCGACCAAGGGUACACCUUAAAAGAGGCCUCCGACGAGCCCAUCACCACCUGCAUGACCCUUCGGUGGUACUCGCUGUCGUUACGUGUGAGAUUAUUUUUUCAGUUUGUCUUCAAAGUGCAAUAUAUUUCUACUCAUCGUAAAACGGAAAAAGAUGGAGUUAAUUCAUACUCCGGUUGCUGCUAUAUGCCUUAUGACUUUGGCCUACAUCAAAAAGUGGACAUCCGUGUUGCCUCCCAUUUGACUUUGAUGACCGUUACAGUACAUUGGCUUAUUAUCGAGUGUGCUCAUUUGGCAUUUGCGAGGUCAUUAAUGGGGCCAGUAAUUCAACCCUUUUUGUAAUUCCUUCUGCAAACAGUACUUUUAGAUUUCAUACAGAAGGUUUAAUACUUAUUGUUGCUCUCAAAAUAUAUAUUUAGAGAUCAAUAUUGUUUUAGAAAAUGACUGAAUUGUACCAGUUGACUUUGAUUAUUUUGUCAUGAAAAAAAAAUCACAACGUAAUAAAUAUCAGUUGCAUGUGA